GCGGCUUAGUCAAUCCGUAGAGCUCGUAACGGUUCCCUCGCUCCGAUCAGUCGAAAGUUAGUUCAUCAAAAUUCCGUACAAUGCUCGGUCUCCGGUUCUGGCUGAUUGUGGCCCUCCAACUCGCGGCGUGUAGCAGCCAGUACAAAUAUGGGCCAGCGUAUUCCUGGGACUUAAACUCUAUAUCAGAACUGAAGAGCAAGGAGUUUUGGUUUCACGAUGCUCAAAGGACCCUUUACGAAAAGCUUUCGACUCCACCCAAUCAGUUUCUGGCCAAGAACGUGAUCUUAUUUCUGGGCGAUGGAAUGUCAGUGCCCACUGUAACCGCCGGAAGGAUAUUCGAUGGACAACUUCGCGGAGUGGUGGGCGAACGCAAUAGAUUGGAAUUCGAAAAGUUCAACCACGUGGGUCUCUCAAAGACCUAUUGCGUCAAUAAACAAGUGGCUGAUUCUGCCUGUACCUCCUCGGCUUAUUUAUCCGGGAUCAAGGCAAACUACCUGACCAUUGGAGUGAGCGCGGAUGUGGAGUUGAACGACUGCAAAGCCUCCCGAUUGCCACAAAAUAGACUCUCCUCCAUUGCCGCCUGGGCGAUUAAGGAAAAGAAAUCCGCUGGAUUGGUGACCACCACAAGGGUAACCCACGCCAGUCCGGCCGGAGUUUAUGCUCACACCUCCAAUCGCGACUUCGAGAGCGACUAUGAUGUCAGGAAGUUGGGACAGCAUCCAGGAAAUUGUCCGGACAUUGCCCAACAGUUGAUUGACGGAGAGGUGGGUAAGCGAUUGCGGGUGGUGAUGGGUGGUGGAACCAUCAAGUUCCUGCCCAACACAACCACCGACGUGUACGGAAACAAGGGUAAGCGGUUGGAUAGCCGGAAUCUCAUUGAGGAGUGGCAGCAGAUAAAACCUGGAAAUGCCAGAGUGGUCUUCAAUCGCACCGAUCUUCUAAGCAAUGAUCCUCAGAGCACGGACUACCUUUUAGGGCUUUUUAAUGCUUCCCAUUUGGCCUAUCAUCUCGAUGAUAGUGUGGACACUCCCACGCUUUCCGAGAUGACAGAGGCAGCUAUUAAUGUACUCUCUCGGGAUCAAAAUGGGUAUUUCCUGUUCGUGGAAGGCGGUCGUAUCGAUCAUGCCCAUCACGAGACCAAAGCUAAAAAGGCAGUGGAUGAAACGGUGCAGUUUUCGGAGGCUGUUAAGAAGGCUCGACAGAUGACUAACCAAUGGGACACCUUGAUUGUGGUUACAGCGGAUCACGGGCACACGGUGACAAUCAGUGGCUAUCCGGAUGUGAACAACAGUAUUGUGGGUCUAAACUCGGAGUUGAGCGAUGUGGACCAGUUGCCCUACGCGGUCAUGUCGUAUGCGAAUGGCCCGGGCUACGAGAGGUUCUACAAGUCAACGGAUGGAAAAGUGGAGCGUGUGGAUCUCCGAACACUUAACUUCUCCACUCCGGAUGCCGUCUACCCGCACGGAGUGCCCAUGGCCGAGGAGACCCACGGCGGAGGCGAUGUGGCUGUCUAUGCUCACGGUCCAUGGGCUCACUUAUUCACUGGAGUUUACGAGCAAAGUACUCUGCCCCAUCUUAUGGGAUUUGCCUCCUGUUUGGGACCUGGAAUAACCUACUGCGAUCUACAACCCAAGGCCAAGUACAAUCCAUAGGAAAUUACCUUAAAUAGAUAAGACAAGUAUAGAUAAGAAAUCUAAUAAAUGUAUUUAAAAUAUUUCGA